AUGUUGGCUUGGAAACCUGUCCUCAACCAAUCCGGUCCUACGGAGUUUGUCUUCCGGGUGUUCACCACUGUCCCGGAACUCCAGGUCCUUCUCUUCCUUCUCUUCCUCCUCCUCUACCUCAUGAUCCUCUGUGGCAAUACGGCCAUCAUCUGGGUGGUCUGCACACACAGCUCCCUCCACACACCCAUGUACUUCUUCCUAUGCAACCUCUCCUUCCUGGAAAUGUGCUACACCACUGUUGUGGUGCCCCUGAUGCUUUCCAACAUUUGGGGGCCUCAAAAGCUCAUUUCACUGGCUGCUUGUGGAGCCCAAAUGUUCUUCUUUAGCACCCUUGGCAGCAUUGACUGCUUUCUGCUGGCAGUGAUGGCGUAUGAUCGCUAUGUGGCCAUCUGCCACCCGCUGCACUACACCCUCAUCAUGACCCACAAGCUUUGUGUUCAAAUGAUGGUUGGCUCGCUUGCUCUCGCUGUCAUCCUCUCCCUCAUGCUCAUUGGCUCAGUUUUCACCCUGCCCUUCUGUGGGUGCCAUCAGGAAAUUAACCACUUCCUCUGUGACGUGGCUGCAGUCCUGCGUCUGGCCUGUGCUGACAUCCACGUGCACCAGGGAAUCCUCUACCUUGCAAGUUUCUUCGUGUUGACUGUUCCCUUCCUGCUUAUCAAUAUCUCCUACCUGCUAAUUGCCCACACCAUCCUCCGCAUCCGCUCUGCAGAGGGCCGCAGCAAAGUUUUCUCCACCUGCUCCUCUCACCUCACUGUGGUCUUGAUUCAGUAUGGGUGUUGCAGCCUGGUCUACUUGCGACCACGCUCCAGCACCUCAGAGGACGAAGAACGAAAACUCGCGCUGGUCUACACCUUUAUCACUCCCUUACUCAACCCUCUGAUUUACACACUCAGGAAUAAAGAUAUCAAAGGGGCACUGAAGAUAGCCAUCGUCAGUAAAUCAACCUCUGGCAACAAAGGGGUGGGAAACUGA